CUUCUUCCCCUUGCCCUCGCCGCAACCGCAAGCGCAACCAACCCUCUUCUCCUUCUCCACCCGCAGCGCAGCCAGCCACGAGCUCAAAUCUCAAUCGAUCGGAGGAGGCGGAGAACCGGAGAUCGGAUCGGCGAUGGCGACGUUCGACCCGUGGCCGGUCUUCUUCCGUAGGGAGUGGAAGCGCAACUGGCCCUUCCUCGCGGGCUUCGCCGUCACCGGCUUCCUCAUCACCAAGAUGACCGCCGGCUUCACCGAGGAGGACCUCAAGAACUCCAAGUUCGUCCAGGAGCACAAGCGCCGAGCCUGACGCUCUCAGGUGAAGGAAUGGCUGCUGCAGUUCCCAGUCAUUAUAAGCGUGGUCGGCAAUUUUCUUACGUUAUUUGAAUGAAUUCACCAAAGGAAUGACUUAGUCUACCCAAGUUUCUACUGUAAUGUUGUAAUAAGAGGCUUUUGAAUACCUAAACCAACAAAUGUCAGCUCCAAUCUAUAUUUCAAGUCAGAUUAUUGCAUAUCUUGUUUUCUUUUCACAUGGUUA